AUGGCUCCACUUCCAUCCAUUAGUAUUGCGUCAAUUACCAUUGGAUUUAUAUCUUUCGCAUUUACUUUAGCUAUUUGGCUACAUGCUUUUUGGGAUGCCUUUUUAACCCUCGGCGCCGCUCCUCACCAAAUCCAAGAUGCACUCUCAACCCUACGACAAGGCCUCUACGAAGAGCGCGAAUACCUGCGACGAGUCCGGCGGGUCCGAGAAUCCCGACACUCACCGAAUCUGAAAACCCCACAAAUAAACGCCUCCCACAAAGCAUUGUACUAUGAAGGUGGUCCUACCAGGGUGAUGACAGACGCCGUCAAGGACCUGAUUGCAGAAUUCAAAGAUCUCGAGAGACCGUUUCUGGUUUCGCCGCAUACGGGAACGGAGAAGGAGUUGGAGUGGAGUUAUGAUGCGACACAGCAAUAUUAUCGGUGUGAUUUGGUACAUCGAUUGAUUUGGUUGAGGCGUAAAGGCGGAGUAGAGAGUAUUGGAGUAAGAUUGAAUAAGAUCCAGACGAGGAGGAUUGCGGUGGAGGUUACUGAAGCGCAUUUCAUGUUGAGUGAUGCUAUGGGUUUGAUCAGAGAGAUGGGCGGAAAGGUCCAAAAAGCCGAAGAUAGAAUAGCGCGAAUCCAGGAUAGGCUGAUGAUUAGCCAGGUAGGUUGGGAUGAGAUUGAGGGUAGGGAGCGUUGA